AUGGGGUUUGGCGAGUUUGACUCCCUGUGCCGAAAGGCAGCAAUACCUUUGUGCUCUCUUAUCGGGCCCGAAUCGUCAUUCUCUGGCACGAGGGGGAUUUUGCCAAAUUGCUAUGCAAGGAAUAUUGAGGUUGCCAACACGAUUAUUUUCCAGGGCGCCACAGAUGUGAUGCAUAUCAUAGCGUUAGGCAUGACUGCUAUCAUGAUUAUCCACGUACGCUCAAAGUUCACCGCCGUUGGACGCAAGGAAAUUAUUACGUUCUUCUAUCUCUAUAUGGCAUUGACGAUGUGUUCUCUCGUUUUGGAUUCUGGUGUUGCGCCCCCUGGAAGCGCGGUCUUUCCGUACUUUGCCGCUGUUCAGAAUGGCUUAGCCUCUGCUCUGUGCACUUGUUUGUUGAUAAACGGAUUUGUCGGGUUCCAGCUCUACGAGGAUGGGACGACCCUUUCUGUCUGGCUCCUACGUCUCACCUCCCUUGGGAUGUUCAUUGUCUCGGGUGCCGUCUCACUCCUGACAUUCAAGUCUUGGGCCGGGUUAUCUCCCACCAAUACUAUCGGCCUGUUCGUCGUGGUCUAUAUUUUAAGCGCCCUGUGCUUGUUUGUCUACGUCGUCAUGCAGAUUAUCCUGGUGGUGAACACGCUCCAGGAUCGGUGGCCAUUGGGGCACAUCACCUUUGGCGUAUUGAUUUUCGUUAUCGGGCAGGUUAUACUUUACUCUUUCAGCGAUAUGAUCUGCGAAGGUGUUCAGCAUUACUUGGAUGGAAUGUUCUUUGUGACUUUCUGCAAUCUACUUGCCGUCAUGAUGAUCUACAAAUACUGGGACUCAAUCACAAAGGAAGAUCUCGAAUUCUCCGUGGGCUUGAAGCAAAACAACUGGGAGGUCAAAGAACUUCUCCCUGAAGAAGAUCGCAGAGCAACUGUGUACCUCGAUACGAACUCAGAAUACGCAGGGAGCGUGUAUCACCAUCGCUCAUCCACUUAUGGUGGGCAAUCCAACUAUUGA